AUGGAGUUCAGCAGGUCAAAGAAGGGGAUUAUAGCUAAUCAAAGAAAGUAUGCUUUGGAGAUAAUCUCAGAAUUAGGCCUAGGAAGUGCGAAGCCAGUAUGGACACCACUUGAGGCAAAUGUUAAACUAACAGUUCCAAAAUAUGAUAAGAUAAUUGGCAAAAAGGAUGGGCUCUUAGAAGAUAAAGGACAAUAUCAAAGUACAGAAUCUCAGCCAGUUCCUACAAUAACCAAAAAAUCUCAUUGGGAAGCUGCAGUGAGAGUUGUGAAGUAUAUCAAGAGGGAAUCAGGUUUAGGGAUCCUGCUAAGUAGCACCAGAUCAAACAAGUUGAGUAUCUUCUGUGAUGCAGAUUGGGCAUCAUGCCCAAACACAAGGAAGUCAAUGUUUGGUUUUCUAAUCAAAUAUGAAGAGUCAUUGAUUUCCUGGAAGUCAAAGAAUAAAGUACUGUAUCUAAAAGCUCAGUUGAGGCAGAGUACAGAAACAUAG